AUGUCUUUCUCCACCGCUCUUAACGUCACGGCCAUUACCACCCUCGAGGGCACCGGCAAGUCUAUCUUCCAAUGCUGGUCGCUCCCCGGUUUCGCCCAGUCGGGCCAGAACGGUCUUAUCGGUGCCAACGAGAUCUUCCUCGGCGGCAUUGCCAACACGUCUUACACCGUUGUUCCCGGUCACUUCGAGGGUGGUGUACACAACUCUCCCAACAAGCAGUUCGCGGUCUUCCUCGAGGGUGUUGUCGAGCUUGUCCUUCCCCCGGAGACGCUCCCCAUCGACGACGACGCGCCCUACGUCACCACCGCGUACAUCCAGGGCGGCGCAUACGGUCUUAUCGUUGCUGAGGAUACCCUUGAGGACUCUGCCAUCGGCCACAAUACGAUCUACCCGUCCGGCAUCGAGACCCGCGUGAUGCAGCUUCCUUUCCCUGAUGGUAUCUUGCCCAACCACACCGUCAUUGACCCCUACGGACCGUGUGUGUACAACGAGCUCGCGAACAAGAAGCGUGCCAUCGACGAGCUCAACUAA